AAGAUGGUAUUGACAGCCAGAAUAAGCAAAAGAUUCAAGAAAUCUUCAAUUUAGUGAAAGUUGUAUUUGAACUAUCACAAGUAGAAGUUUCAAUUGAUUUUGAAAGUAAAGGCUAUGAUUUACCAUCUUUAGAUGACUUACUACAGUAUUAUGAAAAACUUGAAGAAUUUAUUGAUAAACUUUAUUAUAAUGAGGACAUAGAAGCUG